AUGUCCGCUUCCUCGGGCAAGGCCAAGCACCAGCGCGCCGAUUCCUCAAACUACGCGCCGGUAUAUCAAGACGAGAACGAUCAUGACGAUACCCAAGACGAGAAUCAGAAUGCACACGAUCCAAAGUCGCGGACGAAGCAAUACCCAAAGGCGCCGCUCGCCGCGCCGCCGCCGACCGGAGGCCGUUAUCGCAUGAUUGCCAUGGCCAGCUGCAUCGUCAUACUCGUGGCCGCCAAUUUAUACCUUUCUCUACCAUACGCCUUUGCCGGCCACGGGUACCGCAACGACAAUUGCCCCGUACCGCCAGAGGACCUCCCACAAUACUUUCGCACGUCGCCGAAUCUGUGGCCGGGGCCGACGGCCACCGGCGCACCUGCGUUCCUCGCACAGACUCGCGUCUUCGACCCGACGGCCACAUUUGUGCCUAACGAGCCGCUACAGACAUCGAUGCCGAUUGAGGGAAUGAAGGCAGGAAACGAGAGCAUCUUUAAAAUGAUGGCGUUCCUCUCGCCGUACUUUCCCUCGCCCGGCUUUGGCGUGGACGAGUACCCGCUGCCCGAGGGCGCAGAGAUUGUGCAGGUCCAGAUGCUGUCGCGCCAUGGCUCACGGUACCCGACGUCGGGGUCAGACGUCGUGCGUUUCGGAAAGAAGAUUGCUGAUGCAAAGAGCAAUGCCACGUUCAAGGGAGCUCUGGGGUUCCUGCAGGACUGGACAUAUGAGCUCGGCAACGACAUUCUGGUGCCAAAGGGGCGACAGGAGCUGUUCGAUUCCGGCGUCCUGCACAGUUACAUGUACGGGAAACUGUAUAACCCAAGCAGCAAAAUCAUUGUGCGUACCACUACGCAAGACCGCAUGCUCAAGUCUGCCGAGAACUGGCUGGCUGGCUUCUUUGGCCUCGACUGGCGGAACAAUGCUACCAUCGAAGUCCUCAUUGAAGGCAAAAACUACAACAACUCACUUGCUGGCUACUUGAACUGCCCAAAUGCCAACACCAAAACUCCCGGCUAUGAGGCCCCCACCACCUGGGUCGGCAUUUAUCUCAAGGAUGCUGUAUCGCGAUUUAACGCCAUGUCUGAAAGUUUUGAAUGGACAGCUCAGGAUGUAUACGCCGCGCAAACCAUGUGUCCAUAUGAGACUGUGUCCUAUGGCUUCAGCAAGUUCUGCGACCUCUUCACGUAUGAGGAAUGGGUGCACUUUGGCUACUCGAUUGAUCUGUCCUUUUCCUCCACCAACGCUUUCCACAGUCCGACAGGCCGCGCUAUUGGCCUCGGCUAUCAGCAAGAGGUCAUGGCCCGCCUCAAGAAUCACACUCUCGGUUACUCUGGCUCUCAAAUCAACGUCACUCUCGACAACAGCCUCGAGACCUUUCCUCUUAAUCAGAGUCUCUACUUUGACUUUUCGCACGACACCAACAUUGUCUCUGUCCUGACAGCAUUUGGUCUGCGUCAGUUUGCCGACGAGCUCCCCGCCACGGAGUAUCCUGGCAAGCACAAUUUUACUGUAUCUCACGUAACGCCCUUUGGCGCCCGCCUCGACAUGGAGAUCAUCAACACCCCGCAGCCCGUCUCCCCUCAGCGCGAUGGCUACCUGCGCGGUGGCGAGACGCGCUACAUCCACUUUGUCCUCAAUCAGCGCACCGUUCCCCUGGGGCAGAGCUUCGCCGAGUGUGAUGCCAGCCGCAAGGAUGGCUGGUGUGAACUGGAGACGUUCAUUAGGAUUCAGGACAAGAUGGCGGAGAAGGCACAGUACGACUUUGCAUGCUUUGGUGAAUAUGAGGCGGAGCCAUAUGGCAAGGUCACGGAUGGCGUGCCUAACUAG